GAGAGCAGACGAAGAUGGAUUGGAAAGAAAGGAGGGACGCAAAGAAAAGGAAUGGGAGGGAGCGAGAAUUAAAGGAGAGCGAGACCGUCUGAGUCGUUUUAGGAUGUAACAGCAAGGAGAAAUGGACAGCUCCACAAUUUUGUCGAUCUGAAAAACCUUUUUUGGAUGCUUCAUGGAAGGAUAAAAGCUUCCUCGAUCCUGCGCACAUUGAGCGUCUCCCCAUUGUUGCAGUCUUAGGGAAACACGGUGGGGAUCAAGGCACAAACAGGACUCAUCCAUCAGAAGAACUGCACUGAACCUAAUCUCUUCAUAACGUGGAUCAAGAAGAUGGAGGCUUUUUUGUUCCUCCUAGUCCUCGGCUCAUUAAGUCUCCGGGCUUUUGGUGGUGAUGUGUGUGUUUCUGGUCAUGAUAGUGGUCCAGUCUUUGAAGAACAGCCAAGCAGCUUAAUUUACCCAGAAGGCCUCAGUGAAGGGAAGGUGGUUCUCAGCUGUCAAGCCAGGGCAAGUCCAGCUGCUUCAUACAGGUGGUUAUUGAAUGGUACAGAAGUACCACUAGGCUUAGACCUCCGCUACACUCUUGUUGCUGGAAACCUGGUGAUCAGCAGACCCGAAUCUGGUAGAGACACAGGGUCUUAUCAGUGUUUAGCUAUGAACCGCUGUGGAACCAUCAUCAGCAGAGCAGCGAACCUCAAGUUUGGGUACCUUCACGACUUCCCACCAGAUAGCAGGAGUCCUCAGACAGCUUAUGAAGGCAUUGGAACAUUUCUAGCAUGCCAGCCACCUCCACAUUAUCCAGCUUUAUCCUACCGGUGGCUGCUCAAUGAGUUUCCCAACUUCCUCAAGAAAGAUGAUGGCCGUUGGUUUGUUUCCCAGGUAACCGGUAAUCUCUACCUUGCUAAAGCUGAGCCCAACGAUACUGGAAACUACUUCUGCUUCACUACCAUCAACAUGGACAUUAGUACAAAGAGUACGUUCAGCAAAGCUAACCAACUCACUGUUCUGCCAGAAGCCAAUCCAAAGAAGUCAGCGCCAAGCAUCAAGGUACGCUUCCCUGCAGAGACCUACGCUCUUGCUGGGCGCACUGCCUAUUUGGAGUGCUUCGCCUAUGGAAAUCCAGUCCCCAAACUGAGAUGGAAAAAGGUGGAUGGACUCAUGCCCUCCAAGGCAGGUUCUAGUGUUGAUGGUCCCACACUUAUUUUACCAGACCUUUCCUUUGAUGACGAGGGUCUUUACGAGUGUGAAGCCCAUAAUUCAGAGGGAGUUGAUGUAUACCAGGGCCGCAUCAGUGUGCAAGCUCAGCCAGACUGGUUGCAGGUGAUGAGUGACUCUGAAGUCGAGAUCAGUUCAGAACUUCAUUGGAGUUGUGUGGCUGCUGGCAAACCGCGACCGUCCAUUCGUUGGCUCCGCAAUGGACAGCCCCUCACUACACAGGAUAGAGUUGAAGUGAAUGGAGUUCGUCUCAAGAUCAGCAACCUAGCGUUGGAGGAUUCUGGGAUGUACCAGUGUGUUGCUGAGAACAAACAUGGAACAAUCUACUCUACUGCUGAGCUUAGAGUCCAAGUUCAAGCCCCGGACUUCAGACUCAACCCUGUGCGGAAACUGAUUCCUGCGGCCAGAGGGGGACAAGUGAUGAUUGAGUGUCGCCCGCGUGCAGCCCCCAAGCCCAGUCUCUUCUGGAGUCGUGGCACAGAGCUUCUCACCAACAGUAGCAGGGUAACUGUGACUCGAGAUGGCAUCUUAUGGAUCACUAACAUAAGCAGAGCAGAUGAAGGGAAAUACACGUGCUUUGCUGAGAAUUACCUGGGAAAAGCUAACAGCACAGGACACCUGUCUGUCAGAGAUGCCACCAAAAUCACACUGGCCCCCUCCAAUGCCGACAUCAAUCAAGGGGAGAAUGUGACACUGCAGUGUCAUGCCUCCCAUGAUCCUACCAUGGACCUGACGUUCACCUGGGCCCUCAAUGGGGCUCUUCUGGACCUGGAGGACUCUUCAGGGCCAUACCAUCGAGUAGAGAGCAAGGAAACCAUCGGAGACCUGUUUAUUUGGAAUGCUCAACUGAGUCAGGCAGGCACUUAUACCUGUACAGCUCAAACCGUGGUGGACAGUGCCUCAGCUACUGCCAAACUUGUGGUACGAGGCCCACCAGGACCGCCUGGUGGUUUAUUGGUAAGGAAUGUUGCUGAAACAUCAGUGUCGUUGAGAUGGAGUCGUGGCUAUGACAACCACAGUCCAAUCGGCAAUUACGUGAUCAUGGGCCGCUCUUCUCUGUCAUCUAAGUGGAAGCGGAUGAGGACAGAACCAGUGAAUAUUGAAGGAAAUGCAGAGUCUGCACAGGUGAUUGGGCUAGUGCCCUGGAUGGAUUAUGAAUUCCAGGUCAUUGCCAGUAACAUCUUGGGCAGUGGAGAGCCCAGCAUGCCCUCAAAUAUCAUCCGUACACAACAAUUAGCUCCCUCAGUGGCUCCCAGUGGACUCGGAGGCGGAGGGGGAGAUCGCCAUGAACUCAUUAUUACAUGGACGCCCAUGGCUCGAGAAUAUCAGAAUGGUGAUGGCUUUGGCUACACACUGGCAUUCAGAAAGAAAGACACAUCGCCAUGGACAGAAGUGCGCAUACCUUUAGUGGAGUCAUCCCGAUAUGUGUACUACAAUGAAACCCUGAUGCCAUACAGCCCGUUUGAGGUGAAAAUUAAAGCCUUUAACCGAAGAGGCGAAGGUCCAUUCAGCCAAAUUGCUGUAGUCUACUCUGCUGAAGAAGAGCCAACCGUUGGACCAUUAAGCAUAAAUGUCACUGCACUGACAGCUUUUGAGAUCCAAGUGUCGUGGGACCCUGUCCUGCAAGCUAAUACCAAUGGCAUCCUAAGAGGAUAUGAGAUCCGUUACUGGCGACAGCAGGAACGGGAGGCGGCAGCAGACCGAGUGAGGACAGCAGGACUAGAAACAACAGCCAGGGUGUCUGGACUUCGUCCCAGCACUCGGUAUCAUGUUGCAGUUCUAGCAUAUAACAGCGCCGGCACGGGCCCACCCUCACCACGGUCUACAGUCACCACGAGGAAACCACCUCCUAAUCGCCCACCUGGAAACAUUUCAUGGAGGUCUGAUGGCUCAUGGGUAACUGUGCGAUGGGACCACGUGAAGGUCAUGCACAAUGAGUCAGCAGUACUGGGUUACAAAGUUUUGUACAAGCAUGAGGGGCAAGCAGUUUUGAAGGUCUUGGACAUGGCGAAGACAUCAGUGAACCUGCCGCUACCCAAAGAUGAUGCAUACGUCGUAUUGGAAAUACGAUCCUGGGGUGAAGGUGGAGAUGGACCCUCACAUGAGAUUAUUGUCUCACGGGACUCAGGAACUGGCAUGAUGGUGCAGAGCGAGGCAGUAGUCUACAGUCAUUCACUUCUUCUGAUCAUUGGCUUGUUUCUUCUCACAAUUGUGUCAGUCGUGUAAUUUCAUUCGGCUUUUUGGUAAACUAACUUGAAUUGAAAUUGAAAGUCUCUCAAAAUAUUUUGGUUAGGAAUCAUUAAGUUAAAACAAAAAUAAGGUCACCUUUUGGUUUAAAAAGGUCUCUGAAUGUGGCAGGGGGAUGUAUAUAGGCCUGUCUGAUUGUGUAGUCCUACACUUGAGUUUUAAAGGGGAAAUUAUACCUACUGUAGCCUAUAAGAGCUGUUGCUUUUUUUUACACAUUCAUGCAUUCUGACACAACCACAAUAUAGGUAUAGAUGUGGUUGAAGAGUUUCAGUCUUAUUUUAGCAGGUUUCACAAACAUGUAGUAAAAGCCAUUUAGGAACUACAAUCAUUUUAAGUGGUCAUUGGAGUCUCUGAAAAGUACAUUACAGUAUGUGGAUCCUUAUAAUUGAAAAUAAAUUUGUAGUACUUCAUGGAUAUCAUUCGCAAUAUUUGGAAUAGCAUUAGAAAAAAUAUAGCACUAGACAACCAAUUUAUUUUGACUGGGAGGGGGUGAAUAAACCCUUUCCUGGUCAAAAUCAAUUGGAGGUGUAGUGCAGCCAAUGAGCUAAGAUAGAAUCUAUUUUAGUGGAAAAUUUUGCAAGCAACUUUAUAAAAACAAAUUAAAAAAAUAAACGUGACAGCUUUUUAAAACAAUGUAUCGAUUCGUACCAGGACCAUAUUGAUAACCUUUUGGGAUAAAAAAAUAUAUAUACAGUAUACAGGGUUUCCCCUAGGAUUUUCUGAAGCCGUAGUUGUGGGCUGCAUCAGAGUCGGACAGCCUUACCAUGUUGUGCCACAGUGAAAUUGAGAUUUUUUUCCCCUCAUGUUUUUCCCAAGAACCAUAACAAAGGUCUAUUUGAAAUACUUCAUUCCGCAGGCUAAUGUCGUAGCUCUCAGCUACGGUACAUGUACGUAAAAUGCGUAGCUGAUUACAGCUACAUUACCCUAUGUAAUAAUACAACUUUUUUUCUACUAGCAAUAGUACGAUUUACAUGUUGUAAUCCUUCUUUUUCCUUUUAUUUGGUGUUUGACUUCAUUGAAACAAUGAAAGACAAGACCUAAUAUUACAAUCACUAAAGUACAUGAGACAAUAAUUAUGAUAAUAAAUGCUAUCAUAUAUUGUUUCAAUUAAGUCACCCUUCUCCCGUUCGAGUCCCUCUCCUUUGCUUUUUCCGGGCGAAUGUAAUAGGUGAUCUAAUUCGAGGGCAAACAGCCAACCCGUGUACUUCCGCCAGCUCUGAUUGGUUGGCAUCGUGACACGUUUGUUACGCGUGUGCUCAACAGAGCGAGCAGAGAAAACAGCCUGAUGAGCGCAGGAGUCGAGAAAUUGAGCGAAAGCAGUUGGGGGGAUUUGAGCGGCCCAGAGUAGAUUUUUUUUUUUGCUCAAUAUUAUUUUCUGUGCUCAAAAUCGAGGAUUGCUUGCUCAAAAUCUUUAACUGAUCUCUCAAUAUACUUUUAUGUGCUCGAAAUCUAUUUUUCUGUGCUCAAAAUCCAUCACUGCUCGCUCAGAAUAGUGGCAGCAAUAUAACGCCAUACAGAAACAGCCUGAUAGCACAGAUAUAAGUACGUCUGUCCCUCUGCUAUUGGAUGCGUUGUUGACGUUAGCGCGGCGGAGCUCUGAAAUAGAGCAAAGCUCCAUUUUGGGUCCUGCCUCUUGGCGCAAAUUCAUUCAAACUUGCCGUCCCGUCCAAGAGGGCCGUCCACCACUCACUUUCGCUGAAAAGUCUGAUCCAAAAUACUGUAAUGCCCAGGAUGGGGGAAGAAGGAGAGGAGUCGGUAUUGGCUUACCCACUUUAUUGUGGCAGCAAUAAUAAUAUUUAAAAAAAAAAAAAAACAAUAACAAAAUAACAGCGGGCUGCCGCGACAUGCGACCGCUAUCCCUCUAUCUCGCCCGUUCUCCCGUUCUUCCUACUCGCUCCCCCCUACGUCACAGCUCUCCAGUUCGAUCGUCUCUUAAGGGGGUUGUGCAUAGUUACGGCCAUUACAAUACACAAUGAAUAGGUUGCCGCUGAACCCUUCACACUAGGCUGCUGCUAGUUUGAAAUGGCCUUAAAAUUAAAAUAAAAAAAUCUCAUUUUCAAGGCGUGGUGGCUUUUAUUUUGAUGUGGCGGUGCGCCACAAUCUGUUAUAUGUAGGGGAACCCCUGGUAUAUAUGUUGUCAUUUCGAUCUAAUGUCAAAUCCCAACAUUGCACGUAAGUGUUCUUUAUGAAUAUAUGCCCACACUUUCGGUACAGUAUUAAGAGGAAGGAAUGGCGAGGGGGUGUGGGGGGUGGUAAUUGGUAAAUAAUGGUUAAAACAAACACAAAACUCAUGAACAGCUGUGGUCAAGUACAAAAGGGAAACUGUGGAACUGUAUACAUUUACUUUUUGGCUUUCGCAUGUUCUGUAUUUUUGCCAUAUUACAGUGGUACCAGAUUAGGAUUGUAGAUAUCUUAAUUUAUUUUAAACUGUAGUAGUGACCAUUCUAAAUGACUAACACUUCUGUAGGAUGUAAAUCAUGCAAACAAAUUGAGUGCCAAUUUUGCCAAAUAUUAGCAGCAGGAAUUACCACUUUCUGGUUGUUGAAGUGGAUUACAUGAAAACAUAACUAAAACAAAAUUGCUGUAUUCAUUAUUUCUCUUUGUGUCUGAAAAUGUUUACCGUCAAGCAUUAUAAUGGCCAAUUUGUAACUCCUGCUAAUGUCUUGUCUUUCACUUGGCUGUAAUUGUACACUAUUCAUCCAUCUGAACCACUCCAGUUCAUUUUCGCUGCGACCUGGAAGCAAUACCAGCUGACACCCUGUACUGGUAAGCAGUCUGUCACAGACAACCAUUCUUUUCUCAUAUUCACUCUGCCACUAAGAGGAAGCAGAACCAACGAAUGUACCACUACACCAUCAGUGACUUGUAAUGAUAGACACUGAAAUGUAUACUGUUUGUCAGUUGAAAAAAUGUCAUUUAUUUUCAUGUGAGUUGUACAAAAUGGUUUGUGUACUGUAUUUGUUUUACUGGCCUUGUAUGUUUCUUUUAUCAUCCCUGUUGUUUGAUAAUAAUGACAGUUCUUAAAAUGCACAUGUUAUGUGUUUUAUUUUAUUGCAACUUUUUUUUUUUUUUUUUUUUUUUUUUGCUGAUAAGUCAAUAUAAACUUCCUGACUUGAUUGAUGAUCGGUUUGGCCACCAAAGCACAAUGUCAACAUUGUGAUUAAUCACACUGUAUAUCUUGACAGCUAUUAUGUAAAACUUACGACAAAGGAACAGGUUGAACUCAAGCAUAAUUAUUAUGUGAACUUGUUUUUGCUGAUAAUCCCCCCAAAAAGCUGAGCUACACUCUAUUGAAUAUUAAAUUGUCAUUUUCGUAGUGGUGUUGCCUUAAAGGAGCAACAUGGUGGAAAAUAUUGAAGAUCGCAACAUCUCCUUCCUGUUUGGGCUGCCAGAUAAGUGCUUCGCAAUGGAGAAUCAAGUUGCAUUAUACCAAUGUUCCGCUUCAAUCAGGAACGAGAAAAUGAAAUUUUGGAAGAAAUUUCGUGGGUAGCUUUGCUGUGCUGGUCGGUACAGUAGACGUACAUGCAAGUACACAUAAUUGUAGUUUAAGUAUAUGCAAGUACACGUACUUGUAAUUCAAGUGCAUGCAAGUACUUGUAGUCCAAGUACAUGCAAGUACUCAUACUUGUCGUUCAACUACUGUUCAUGCAAGCACUCGUACUUAUAGUUCAAUUACAUUCUGGUACAUGUACUUGUGGUUCAACUUCAUGCAAGGACACAUACAGUGGUAUGAAAAAGUAUCUGAUCCUUUUGGAAUUUCUCACAUUUCUGCAUUAAAUCACCAUCAAAUGUGAUCUGAUCUUUGUCAAAAUCACACAGAUGUAAAAAGAGUGUCUGCUUCAACUAAAACCACCCAAACAUUGAUAGGUUUUCAUAUUUUAAUAAGAAAUGCAUGCAAACAAUGACAGAAGACGGAAAAUAAGUAAGUGAACCCUCUGCCUCAGGAAACCAAUUUUUACCAAACAAUUUAAGUCAGAUGUGUGCCCAAUUACUGAUGAACGGUUUAAAGCUGCCCUGCCCACUAUAAAACUCACACCUAGUAAGAAUUGUGUUGAUGAGAAGCAUUGUCUGAUGUGCAUCAUGGCUCGGUCAAAAGAGCUGUCUGAAGACCUGCGAUCAAGGAUUGUUGCUUUGUAUAAAGCAUGGAAAGCAUACAAAACCAGCUAUAAAAGUCUGGAUGUUCAUCAAUCGACAGUCAGACAAGUUGUCUAUAAAUGGAGAGAGUUUGGCACUGUUGCUUCUCUCCCAAGGAGUGGCUGUCCACCAGAGAUGACGCCAAGAGUUCAGCGCAGAAUACUCAGGUAAAAAAGAACCCUAGAGUGACUGCUAAAGGCUUACAGAAAUCACUGGAACUGUCAAAUAUGUCUGUGCACACAUCAACUGUAUGUAAAACUAUGGAAAAGAAUGGUGUUCAUGGGAGGACUCCGCGGAGGAAGUCACUGCUGUCUAAAAAACACAUUUGUGCUUGUUUAAUGUUCGCAAAAAUGCACUUGGACACUCCACAAAAGUUUUGGCAAAAUAUUGUGUGGACUGAUGAAAGCAAAGUUGAAUUGUUAGGGAGUAACACACAAUGUCAUGUGUGGAGGAAAAAUGGAAAAGCUCAGCAACAUCAACACCAUCAUGAUUUGGGGCUGUUUGCUGCCUCAGAGCCUGGGCAACUUGCAAUCAUUAAUGGAAGAAUUCAAACGUUUAUCAGGAUGAUUUGUGGAAAAACCAGAGGCUGUCAGACAGUUGAAGCUAAAAAGAGGGUGGAUGCUGCAACAAGACAAUGAUCCAAAACACAGAAGUAAAUCAACUUCAGAAUCUAUUUAGAAUACACGUUCUGGAGUGGCCAAGUCAAAGUCCAGACUUGAACGCCAUUGAUAUGCUGUAACAUGACUUAAAGACAGCGAGUCAUGCCAGACAUCCCAGGAAUCUGACUGAACUACAGCAGUUUUUCGGAGAACAAUGGGCCAAGAUUAGUCCUGAUCGAUGUGCCAGACUGAUCUGCAGCUACAGGAAGCAUCUGGUUGAAGUUACUGCUGCCAUAGGGGGGCCAACAAAGUAUUAAAUGCGAUGGUUCACUUACUUAUUUUUCCCCCUUCUGUCAUUGUUUGCUUAAUAUCCUCAUUACAAUAUGAAAACCUAUAAUUCUUUGAGUGGUUUUAGUUAAAGGAGACAGUUUUUUCAUCUGUGUGAUUUUGGCAAUUUCAUGCAGAAAUGUGAGAAAUUCCAAAAGGUUCAAAUACUUUUUCAUACCACUGUACUUGUAUUGGUACACAGGUUUGUAGUACAAGAACACGUAAUUGUACACAUACUUGUAGUUCAAGUGCAUGCCGUCUAUAAAUGCAUGUCCUGGUCUUUAUUUCUGCAAACCUUCAUUUCUGAAGCCUCCAGAGCUCUUGCAACCAGUAUAAAGACCAAGAACUUACCUCGUAAUUGGCUGAUUGGUGGAGGGUGGCACAUCCAUCGGAAACACAGAAUCAAUACAAUAACUUUUGGUGGCCGACAAUGGACUUUUAAAAUGAGACUUGAUCAUUGACAACCGUGUUAGACGUAUUUCCCCCCCAAAAAAACAUGUUUAUUUAAUGUCUAUGGAAAUAUCAGGGCCAUUUAAUUAAUAAUUGAAGUGCAAAUCUUCCAUAUUGCUCCUUUAAUAUUACUGAGUUGCACUAUUGUGUUUGUAAUUUCCGAAUCACAAAAUACAUUAAGUUGUGUAGCCGGCUAAAACAACUUAGACUUUUGAAAAACCUUUGUUUUCAAUUUUAUUUAUUUGUAUAUUUUUGUUUCUUUAUUGCUUCUUACACCGCUUUGAUUCAGAUAUAAAGUUUGUGGUCAGGAUGAAUCUUGACAGAAGACGAAAUGUCGCUUAAUAGCAUUAUUACUGUAAUCCAUGCACGCAAACAAUAAACAUGUUUUUAAAGCA